CACUAAAACGAUUAUGAAAAUAAGCCAACAGGUCCAACAGGAAACCGGUGUCCUCUCACUCCCCUUCAGGCAGCAGAUCUAACUUGAACGAGAGAGAGAGAGAAAGAGAGACAGUUCCAGGGUUGGCUCUGAAUAUAGGUACAUGUCAUCAGAGAGCAAUGAGGACCCAUUCCGAGUGUGUGUGCACGUGUUGUGUGAGGCAGGAGAGGCGGAGUUUCUGCAGGCGGCCGCCGACCAGCUGCUUUGUGUGGUGCAGAGUCAGCCGGAGCUCCGCCUACUGCGUGUGUCAGAGCGAGGACCUUACAAGCCACGCCCAUACCACUCCCAAAGCCAGCCUGCUCUAGCCCUCAUUCUUUUCCUGCGAGAAGACCGCGCCCCCAGCCUGCAGCAUCUCCAUAGCAACCUGCGCCGGCCACCGUGGCGAUACCACCACACCGAGAGCAUAGGGGGGCGAGGCGUCGUUUCCGCGGUAACCGCUGCUGCCCAGGACUUCUACACACUGGCGCCGGGCACUCCCCUCUGGGCCCUCCGACAGGUGCAUUAUGGGAAGGAGGUGGUGCGCUUCACCGUGUACUGCUGUUACCAUAGCUACGCCCACAUGGUGCGUCUGUACGCGCUGUUGCUGGGGCAACGGCGGGUGGUGCAGCGGAAGGAGGACUUCUGCUUCUCGGUGGUCUACUCCUCCACGCACACCGAAGUCCAGCUGUCACUCAAGAGGUUGCCACGGGGACAGCUGCCCGUCGCCACAGAGAGUGCCCUGCUGGAGUUCCGUGUUCCGGAUGUGGGCGGGCUCAUCCCACUGCUGCCCCGCCCCUGUACGCCAAUCAGCUCCUUACGCUGGCAAACCCACGACUACGACAACAACAAGAUCUUACUACAGGUGCAGCCGGUGAGAGUUUGGCGUCGUCACACUGUUGCUCAGAUCAGGUGUCAUCAGGCUGCAGGCCCCUCCCCCUGCCCCUCCCCUCCUCCGUCAGACACGCCCCCGAAGCCUCCGUAUGGCCGAGGCCCCGCCUCCUACCGUAACCGUAGAUACCACCGAAACUCCUCCUCCCGCUCCCGCACGCAGACCCUCCCCCCGGCCAGGCCCCGCCCCCAAUCCCAGAAUCCCUUGCGGGAGCCGGAGGUGAUGCGUGAGCUGUGGGCGGGGCGUCGCGCGCGCUCCUUCUGUGGCUUCCCCUCGGCCACCCCUCCUUUCCGCCUCAACGUGGCUGCGCUGGUGGGUGCCGUGGAAACCGACGUGGACACCGGCCGCCGCCUGAGUGGCACCGGCCUCGACCUAUCGGUGGUGUCCGCCUACUCUCAGCACAGCCCACAAACCCCCAGUAGCCAAUCAGCACGGCCCAUCUCCCCUAGCCGCCAGUCUGCCCUGUCCGGCGCCGUCUCCGACAGUGCUGCCACCCUCUGGUGA